UAUGUCUCUCCUUCUUUUGAAUGCUAGCAAUAGAAUUGCUUAAGGAUUUUUAAAAGUAGCUGUUGAAAGUGGCAAAUAUGAAAAGAUUAUUUGUGCUGACAUUUUCCCAACUUAUUUCACAGUUCAAAGACUACUUAAAUUUAAAUCAUCAUUAUCAGCAAACAUAGAAUUAUUCAAAGUUGGAGAUCGUCAAGAUUUACAUGAUGUAAUCAAAUAAGCCAAUAAUAUAUUAUAUGUCAGUCAUGAUUAUUAUUAAACAACUGCAUCAAAAAAGAAUUUAUUGGUUGCUACAUUAGAUUUAGUCAAAAAUAGAAAUUAUAAGACUGUUGCAUAUGUUGCACCAGUAGAACAUGAUCAUUAAGAAGAAAUUGAUGAAUGGAAACAUUUAGAAGUAGAAGGACGUCGUUUUAUACCUUAAUUAGUUGGAAUUAGAUCUGACAUUACUUUUGGACCACAAAGCACAUUCACAAAUAAAUUAGCAUAAAGAAUUUAUAAUGGUGAAAGUAUUUACUUUUAAAAUACUGGAUAAUCAUGUGCUCCUAUUUUUACAGGUGAUUUAGAAUAAAUUGUGGCUUAAGUUUUAGCAGGUUCUCAUGCAGGAAAAUUACUAUUAGCAAAAGGACAUAAACAUAUUGAUUUCAAAUCAAUUAUUCAUCUUAUUGAAGAUAGUCUUGGAUCUACAUAUAAAGCUAAAUUAAAUCAAUCUUUUAUUGAAAAAGUAUAUAUAUUAUAAUAUAAUUUAGAUUAUUCAUCCAACUAAUAAUUGUAUUAUUGGUUAAUAAUUAUAUUGUCCUUCAUAUAUUAAUCUAACUAAAUUGAUUGCAAAUUAUAAAGCUUUGGAAAAUACUGGAUAUGAUUAAGUUGUUGGUGAUAAAUUAGUUGACAUUGAAGAUUAUCAUAAGAAUAAUAAAACAGUUGUUGAUCAAUCAUUGAAAGCUGAUUACUAAUUAAGUUAUUUAAUUGGUUGAA